AUGUCGCCUCAUUCCUCCUUGUCCAACACCACCACCAACUCCACACCUUGCUCCCCUCCUUCAUUGCCGUAUACACGCAUCUCCGCCGACUCUUCCAGCGACCUCGAUCACUUCAUCAGCAUCAUCACCGACGCAUUUUCAGUGACACCUCUAACCACCGCGUUCAUCAUCGACAAUGACGGCACGGCGCCUCUGCCACGAAGGAUUCCCCGACCCCGGCGAGAACGGCAUUUCGCCCAAGGCAUUCUGGACAGCGCCAAGUCGAACGCCGAACUGGUGCACGCAGGAGACUGGUCGGCCGUUGCGCUAUGGGAGCCACCGAACUUCCAAGGCAAAGCAUUCAUCAACUCCAGGACCCGUCCGGGCCCCCUGUUAGGUGAAUGGCGAUCACGAGUCAAGGCCGCAAAGGCAAGACAUCUGGCCGAGGCUUCUUCGUCGACGGCUUCCACGCCUUCGACGGCCUCCGAGACCAAUUCCGCCUCCGACCUCGAGACUGAGACUCUUCCUUCAUCCACCAAAGAACUCCCGCUCCGGCCAUUCUACCAUCUCUCCUUCCUGGCGCGCAACCCGUCAGUCCCCCGUGUCCAAGGCAGUCUCAACGCAGUCAUCUCUCCGUAUCUGGAGCGCGCCCGGGCCGAGCAUGUCCCGGCCUGGCUCGAGGCUACGUCACGUCAGGCUAGCAAGCUCUACGAACACUACGGAUUCCGCGUGGUCGAGGAGAUUGUCGUCGGGAAAGGAAAGGUUGAUUCCGAGGGCUGGCCCACUCCCGAUGAUCAGGGUGAGGGCGUCACUGCCUGGGCGAUGAUCUACGAUUCGCAUCUCAGAGAGUGA